CGUUUCCGAUAUAUCCCAUUCCCAUCCAUAUCUCUGUCCCAUAUCCAAACGCCUACUCGCCUCUCCGUCUCCCGUCAUCUUCCCCGCGCCUCGCCUACGACCCGGCCUUCGUCGAUGCUCUCUCCAUGGCACACGAUUGCACCUGCUGCCAUGGAGCUACGGUCACCCCUGAACUCAAAGAACUGCUCCCUUUACUCCACGAUUAGAUCACCACCACCGCGCUCCUUGGCGCGGGCGCCCUCCAAGCUCUCCGCCGCCGCAGCGGCCGUCUCGUCGCUGUCCGACACGGCAGCGGCGGCCAUCUCCUCGCCUUCCUGUCCAAAGAAGAAGGUUCUCGUGCCCGUCGCCAUGGGUACGGAGGAGAUGGAGGCGGUCAUCAUCGCCGGCGUCCUCCGGAGAGCUGGCGCUGACGUGACGCUUGCCUCUGUCGAGGACGGCCUCGAGGUGGAGGCGUCCUGCGGCUCCCGCAUCGUCGCGGACACGCACAUUGCCUCCUGCGCUGACCAAGUGUUCGAUCUUGUGGCUCUCCCGGGAGGAAUGCCUGGUUCAGUGCGGUUGAGAGACAGUGACAUCCUUCAGAGGAUCACAGUUAGACAGGCUGAGGAGAAAAGAUUGUAUGGUGCUAUAUGUGCCGCACCAGCGGUUGUUCUAAUGCCGUGGGGUCUCCACAGGAGAAAAAAGAUCACCUGCCACCCAUCUUUUAUAGGAGAUCUCCCUGCAUUCCGAGCUGUUGAAUCAAAUGUUCAGGUUUCAGGAGAGCUUACUACAAGUCGUGGCCCAGGGACAGCAUUUGAGUUUGCUUUAUCAUUUGUUGAGCAAAUGUUUGGGCCUCACACAGCUGAAGAUAUGGGCAGGAUUUUGAUGGCACAAACUCACGACGAUCUUGAGAGGAGUGCAGAAGUCAAUGAACUUGAGUGGUCUUUUGAUCGCAAUCCUGAGGUUCUUAUUCCAAUUGCAAAUGGGUCUGAAGAGAUGGAGAUCAUAAUUCUGGUUGAUAUUUUAAGACGGGCAAAGAUAAAUGUGGUAUUAGCGUCAGUUGAAAAAUCUCUAACUAUUCUUGGAUCUCAAAGGAUGAAGAUUGUUGCUGAUAAAAGCAUUACGAGUGCCUCUGAUUCAAUAUAUGAUCUAAUCGUGCUUCCUGGAGGACCUGCUGGAGCUGAGCGGCUGCACAGGUCCAGAAUUCUGAAGAAGUUACUCAACCUACAAAUGCAAGCUGGCAGGAUGUAUGGUGGGGUUUGUUCUGCUCUGAAGGUUCUGCAGCAGCAAGGUUUACUUGAGGAUAAAACAGUGACAGCUCAUCAUGCCGUAGCCAGUGAGCUCACAUGCCAAGUUAUAGACCAACCAAAGGUUGUGAUCGACGGAAAUUUGAUCACUGGCAAGGGGCUUGGGACAGUUGUUGAUUUUGCCCUAGCUAUCAUCAGGAAAUUUUUUGGUCAUGGACGAGCCAAAGCUGUGGCGAAUGGAAUAGUUUUUGAGUACCCUAAGAGCUAAACCCCAAGAAUUGCUGAAAUUACGAAAUGUGCAAUAAGGAUUAAUGAAACACAUUAUGGCUGUAAUUGAAGAUCUGGCUAUCUAUGCUUCUGAUAAAAGGUGAGCUGAAGCUUUUGGGAUAGCAAAAGAUUCCUCUAUUGUUGCCUUUCUGGACAGCUGGAAUGAAAUCUCCAGAUCCACGAUAUAUGUUGGGAUGGACCAAAUUUACACUGGGAAGCUUCAGUGGCAGUCAUUUCAUCAGCUUCCUGAUAUGAUUUAAUGGUGGAUAAAUGACACGAUUGCUAACUGGUUAUGUGCGUUCAGAGGAAAGUUUACUGUCAGGCAUAUUUUCCAUGGUUUGAACUCUGACGGCCUUAGAUGUUGCCAUCAUGCUAUAUUGCUAUGUUCCCAUCUGUGAAUUCAUCUGAGAAGCUUGGCAAUCUAAUUCCGGACUUCCCCAGAAACUGGGUUUCAGGAGUGCAGGCUAACAACUGAAUCAGUAUUUAAUUGCAUCCGUACUUCUGCGCUGCGGUAUUUUAUUGGAAGUCAGUUUAAUCUCUUUGUGUGUGUAUUACUGAUGAACUGUGGUUUUAGCUCGAUGGGUUAAAGCGGGACAUGUGCUCACUUGGUUGUCACUAUAAGAACUAACACCAGUUACUGAAUUUGAAAUGCAGUUAGCGUAACAGAAUUGGCCAUUUUGCUUGCUGUCUUCACGCUUUGACAAGAUUAAUUUUUGGGGCGAAGCCAAGCGUCGUGCUCCUGACCAAUUUAUAAUAUGGUUCCCAGAUCUCAGACUGGAAUGUUAUCUGAAAUGCUCUGAUAGUUUCUAUAAAAUCGUUGCAAUUGUACACAACCAGAAGAGGAACUGUUGCUAUUAUGUGGUCAGACACCAGUAACCACCAAUUCUCGUUGUCACACGGGCGAACGAAAGUAGUGGAGCGAGGCCUGAACUCCCGAGGUUAUUCCACAGGUCUCGGACCUGGGAUUAGGCCGAUCCGUUGUUUGAUGAGAGGUUCAUAAAACACUUACUUUCUGGUUUCUGCAGAAAAUAAUUCAAUUGAGUGGGCUUCUAAACAAAGGCACGCCGGUAUUAUCCAAGAA